ACUUAUCAAAGUGUUAACUAUACACACAUAUUUACUAUUCAAGUAUUUGUUAUACAGACAUGCCUACUCACAUUGGAUACACUCAAUGUAGUUCAUGAUAUCUAAUUAUAUUGAUAAUGUAUAUCUACAUUUCUAUAUAGAUUUAUACAAUAAAUGAAUGUUACAUACCUAAUGUAGGUUGAUCAUCAUAUGAUUAUUAGAAUCUGAUGAUUUGUUUGUUAUUUUGUUUGGAAUUCAUUUUAUGUAUAUAAAUCAAAUCACGAAUUCUUGAAUCAUUCUAUACAUCGUCUAACUUUAGUUCUUCAAUUCAUUCAACACUUCAAUACUUCAAUCCUUUGACAAUGUCAAUAAAUCAAUUAACUCAAGAACAAUGGGAUGAUCUAUUUCAUAAAUAUCAAUCAUUACGUGAAUCUAAUAAUAUUGCAUGGGAUGAUAUCAAAAGUGCAUUAGAACUUGUUGGUGUCUCUUUAGCUGGUCAUGAAAUAAGAGAUUUAUUAGGACAACAAAGAAAUUGGCUUAAUCCAGAUGAAUUUCAUGAAUUAUAUAAAAAAGCUAAAGAUAUGAAAGAUACAACAAAAGCUAUCAGUAAAGCAUUAUUAUUAAAACAUGCUGAAGAUGUAAAGUCAUUUACUGUUGGCAAAAAUGAUACUGAUACUCGACAUUCAGUUAGUAAAGCAGAAGAACGAGGUUUUACACUUUGGAUCAAUAAACGUUUGGGUCAUGAUGUAGAAUUACAAGAUGGAAUUCUACCAGUUGAUCCAUCAGUUGAUGGUCAAUUAUAUCAACGAUGUAAAAAUGGAAUAUUAUUGUGUAAACUCGUCAAUGUGGCCAGUCCAAAUACUAUUGAUGAACGGAGUAUAAAUAGAGGACCUAGUUUGAAAAAUGUUUUCAAUGUUCAUGAAAAUCUUACACUGGCUGUUAAUUCAGCUGCUUCUAUUGGAUGUUGUGUAGUAAAUACUGGUCCAGAGGAUAUUAUGCAAGGUAAACGACAUAUUGUUCUAGGAUUAAUUUGGCAAUUAAUUCGUCGUGGAUUAAUCGAUACAAUUACAUUGAACAGACAUAAAGAAUUAAUAGCUUUAUUACAUGAUGGAGAAACUGCUGAAGAUUUAUCUACAUUAAAACCAGAAGAAUUAUUAAUGCGUUGGGUUAAUUAUCAUUUACAUCGAGCUGGUUGUGAUAGACGUAUAACAAAUUUCAAUUCGGAUUUAGCUGAUUCAGUUGUAUAUGCUCAUUUAAUGGAACAAAUUGUUCCCAUAGAUAAACGUUGUAAAUUAAUGUCUGCUAGUGAAAUUUUAAGUUCAACUAGUCGUCAAGAAAGAGCAAUGAAUGUAUUGAAUAAUAAUGAAACAUUGGGUACACCAUUUACACUAUCACCAGAAGAUAUUUAUUUAGCUGGAGAAAAGAAUAAUGAUAAUCGUGAUCGUUUAAAUUUAGCAUUUCUUGCUACAUUAUUCAAUAUGUAUCCAGGUUUAGAUGCACGUCGUGAUGAUUUUAUAGUAGAAGGUGAAACAUUAGAAGAAAGAACUUAUAGAAAUUGGAUUAAUUCACUUGGUGUUAAACCAUAUGUAACUCAUUUAUAUACUGAUCUUAGUAAUGGUUUAGUAUUAUUACAAUUAUUUGAAAAAAUUAAACCUGGUUCAGUGGAUUGGUCAUUAGUGGAUCAAGAUUUUGAUCCAAAACGUCGGUUAUUUCAAGAAACAGGCAAUUGUAAUUUAGUUAUUGAUUCAGCUCAAUCAAUGAAUAUACGUUUUGUUAAUGUCAGUGGUAAAGAUAUACAAAAACGUGAUCGUAAAUUAGUAUUGGGCGUGUGUUUCACAUUAAUGCAAGCGUAUAUAUUUAAAUUACUUCAUGAAGUUACUUCAGGUGGUAUCGAUAUUCCACAUGAUGAUCGUGAUAUAUUAACAUGGGUUAAUGGACAAAUGAAUGAAGCUAAAGCUAAACCAAUUCAUAGUUUUCGAGAUCCAGCAUUAGCUACUGGUAUACCUAUAUUACAAUUAUUAGAACAUAUUAAACCUAAUUCAACAAAUAAAGAAAUAUGGUUAGGGAAUAAUGUAGAUGAUGCAUCUAUACGUCAAUAUGCUAUAUCUUGCUGUCAUAAAGCUGGUGCUCGUGUAUUCACAUUACCGGAACAUCUUGAAGAAUUAAAUGGUAAAAUGAUUUUAACAUUAUUUGCUUCAUUACAAUUAUUAUAUUAUAAUUUAAAACAAAAAGCUGAAAAUAAACAUAGUCGUACGAAAAAUACAGAAUUAAAAUGGUUAAAAUUAAAUGAGGACAAUAAAAUUAAUGGAACUGAAUAAGAAAGAAAAACAACAACAACAACAACAACAAAAACAACAACAACAAAGAGAACUAUUCAUCAUUAAUCUUCAAUGACUAUUAGUUUCUUUUCUUUUCUUUUUUUCUUUUCUUUUCUUUUCCUUUCUCUUUUUUUUUAAACAUUCACAUGGAUAUUGUAAUUCAUAUUCAUUUUGAAAAAGAAGAAGAGGAGGUGGAGGAGGGAAAAAACUCAGUCUCUUUGUUGUUAACGGUUAAAUGAAUCAAAUUGUUUAUAGCAGAAAAAAGUGUUUUUUUUUCAUUUUUCUCUAAAAAAAAAGAAAAAAAAAGAAAACUGAAUUGAUUUUUGAUGGAAUAUUCAUUUUAGUCAAGACAUACCUUUUUUCUCUUUUUUGGGUUUUGGUUACUUAGAGAACUUGUUUAAUUGGAUGUAUCUCAUUGUUUAGUAAAUGGAAUCAAAUGAGUUAAAUCACUUACUUGUUUGAUAUGUAACCUUCUUUUGUUUGUUUUUUUGUUUUUUGCUUUUUUUAUUCUCUCCAAAAAGUAAAAAACUUCAUUUGAAUUGCUUUGAUAAACUAAUUAAUCAAAUAAAUUAUAUAUUUUCAUUAAGCAAAUG